AUGUCAAUCGAGGGCUGUGGGCUACAGCGACGUCAUCCCGGUUGCGGCAGCGAGGUUCUCGAGGUGGGGCAGCACGAUGUCAGUCGAGACGGGAGGAGGAGGAGGAGGAAGAAGGUGCUGUUCGAAGGGGGGAAGGUGGGCUGUAUGAGUGAUCCCAGGACAGGCCCCGCUGAUGCACUGUCUGUGUGUCCGCCUGCCCCCCAGGUUGAUAUCCGGUUCCCCCAGCCAGGCUCCGAUGAUCCGGACCGUGUGACGGUGACGGGGCUCCCGGGGAAAGUGGACAAUGCCAUCGACCACCUGCUGAACCUGGAGGAGGAAUACAUGAUGAACGUGACAGAGACAGAGACGAUGGCAGCCUACAUGAAGCCCCCGUCCCGCCACGAGGUUGACCAAAGGGGGCCGGUGAAGGGCUUCGUGGUUCGAGACGCUCCCUGGAACGUGUCGGGGACUGAGGCGCCAGAUAUGAGCAGCGCUGAGGAUUUCCCCACCUUCGGAGUCGGCAUCGCCCCCAAACAGACAUCAGCCUGGGGCCCAAAGAAGUUCUGAGAGAGGAGAGAAGAACGGGAGAACAACUCCUGGGAAACUGGCAGGAUCCUUCCUCAACCCUCCUUCUGACACUCCCUCCGUCUCUCUCACACAGGCAGACAGACCUGGUUCAAGAGAACGGGGUUUCGGACAGCGAUUCGUUUCUGCUGGGCCGGGGGUCCAGGUUUUACGGUUAUUUUUGAGCUCAGAUCGUUAUUCUGCUGUUUUGAGAGAGAGAAGUGUGCCUGGAUUGUGAAAAAAAACCUGGAAUGGCUGAGACCGCUACGCAGUGGGAGCCUUACUUUCCAUCCCCUGCUUUCUUACAGGUCUCAAAAAUCCUUACAAUAUCAUUCUUUAUUUUUUUUUUUCUCUGAUGUUUGAAAACUUUUAAAAUGUUUCAUUACUCCCAGUCAGGAAUAGCUGCACCUUUGCGGUCCAUUUAUUCAGCGCUCGUAAGGCGCGUCUGGUCCAGUUUAUUUUCACACGCGCUGUUUUUAAUUUUUUUUUUUUUUAAAGAGUAAAACAGGUUUACAUUGAAUCACAACAGGACUCUCAGUACUGCGUCUCCAGCCAAGCCCCUCCCCUUGUUCGCUGUAUUUUUCACAUGCCUCUUUAUAGACGUGCACAGUGAUAAAUCCUCUCCUGAUCACUCGUUUUAUCUCCAGACUCCUCAGUAAUCGAUCUGAGUCGUUAUUUUAUUACUGUAACAUCUCGAAAAGCUCUUCAAGUGUCUGUGAUGCUCUUUGAGCGCUGUCCUGUUGCUCUGCUUUAAAAAAAAAAAAAAACAUAGUUACUUAAAAGCACUGAUAUAACUCUUAGAAAGAAAAAAACAGCGUUUAGAUUUGACAUUUCGACUGAACUUCAUGUGAACAGUGCGACGCUGUAGAACAGCCCUCUGCUGCACGGCGGUCCACUGGUAUUAAGAAUCCCUAGACGCAGAGUGUUGAGAAACCAGUGAAAUAUUUUACUGUAUCUGAUUUUUGUUCUAUUGAUUUGUUUUUUUUUUUGUCACUCAAAACUGACUCCCUUUUUUUAGAAAAAUGUAUUUAUUUGUAAUUAUGGCACUGAAACUACUUGAACUUGACUCAUUAAAAACUAUUUAACGAGUUAUCUUUCUCAUCUGUGGUGCUGAAACUUACCUGCCACCUUCUCACUGCUGAAAGGGAUUACCAUAUAUGGCAGUGGUACCCAAUCCCGACCCUGGAGAUCCGUGCCAGGUUUUCACUCCAAGCAGGUCCUAAUGUAGUUAACUGAACCUGCCUAGAGGCAAUUAACUCAUUUAGGACCUGGUUGGAAUAAAGACCUGCGCUGGAAUAGAUCUUGGAGGGGGGCCGAGUUGAGUACCACUGAGCUUAUCCCCCAUACAGAUCUCCCAUCAUUUUUCCGAAGAUGUAUUUUGAUGGCCUCUAUCAUCAAUGCACUGGUUUUAAAUGAAACAGAUAUUUAAAUUGGACCCCGAAGACUUAUAGUAGAAACGCUUGUCAUUUCAUUGAACAAGUUUUUCAGCAUUUCUAAAUCCUGGACCAUUGUGUGAUUGGAUGAUUCCCUGCUGCUGAACUUCUACAUCUGUACAUUAUUUAUUAUCUGGGCUGACCACAGUGUCGCCAACGCAGCAGGACUCUGGAGGUAAGAGGCUCAGGUGGCUGGAUGCGGUAGCUUUGGCAGAGAUGGAGACUCCCAUGGCAGUUUGGUUCUUUCUAGAUUUUCGUGAUUUCAUGUCGUGAUUUCAGCUAAGCAUCGUUAACAAGCCUAUGUCUGUGUGUGAGAGUCUGAUUCCGCAUUCACCCCUCCUGCGAGGCUCUAUACCAUCGUGUUUUCAAAACGCGUUCGUGAAUUAAAGGAUGAUCUUCAUAAACGAGGGUGUGGAUUUUAAAAAAAAAAAUCAAAAUGUUUGGCUUUUUCAACUUGAGUUUUAUUUUUUAUUUUGUAUUUCUAGUGUGUGGAUCGGGUUACAGUUAAACCCGGAAUGGAUCAAAAAUGCUGUGAAGUGGGAGCG